CAUGCCGUAGCAGUCGUAUGCUUUCGUGCUUUGCUGUGUUGAAAUAUGUUCUGAUGAAAUAAAAUUAGCUUAUUUUUUGUUAAAAUUCGGAGGGAAAUCAUCGUCCACCAAUGAAUAGCCUUUGACAAUAACACGGAAGGUACUCCUUCACUGGGUUGUCCAUCAGCAAAUGACAAGUGCGAAUUCUUACGAGGUCAGGGUUACGAAACACUUCGCCAAAAACAACUGCAUGGUCAACGAGAGUAACUUAAAACACCAAUAAUAUAGAGUAUUUGUAGUCUAAUAUGAUCAAGUCUUCACCCUUGAACAAAACUGUGACAACAUAAAAAAGUCAAAAAAUACAGAGAGAUUGCUUGUUGAACUUGGACAUUUGAAACAAAUCUUGCCAUUGUCAAAAAGUUCUAAUACCCGCCUCGACAAAUCAAUAUGUUGGCGCUACGCAAUAUGCAGUAUCUGCAAAGAGGUCUCAAAUUGCCAAAAGUUGCCUGCGCUACUCCGAAAAUGUGCUCAUUUGACAGAACAACGUGUGUGGAUAUAAAAAUUUCGUACUUUGGAAUUAGUAAUUUGCAGCUUUUUACCAAAUGGUCCUCACACCAUAAAGCUUAUUGUCAACAGUGCGUCUUGAGCUUGGAAAAGAAUGCGCGAAAAAUGGUUCUGUACCAGACAACUAACAGAUAUGGGAGUAGCGAAAGCAAACAGCAAAACCCACAGAAAGAUAACUUAGGAGGAGCACAAGAGGAAGCUAUAGAAGAUUUGUCUGCGGUCAGACUAAGUAAAUCGCAUGCUGUAAAACAAAACCUGAUAAAAGCUGUUACACCAUAUGGGCGUUUAAUGCGCUUGGAUCGACCUAUAGGUACAUAUUUGCUCUUUUGGCCUUGUGCAUGGAGUAUUGCGCUCAGUGCAAACGCCGGUUGUUGGCCUGACUGGAAAAUGUUGGGUCUCUUUGCCACUGGCGCACUGAUAAUGCGCGGCGCCGGCUGUACCAUAAAUGAUCUAUGGGAUAAAGAUAUUGAUGCGAAAGUGGAGCGUACUCGCACACGACCACUCGCCGCGGGCGAAAUUACACAAUUUGAUGCUAUUGUAUUUCUAUCGGCUCAACUGAGUUUGGGUCUGUUAGUGUUACUUCAACUAAAUUGGCAAUCAAUCGUAUUAGGAGCAAGUUCCUUGGGGUUAGUAAUUACAUACCCGCUAAUGAAGCGAGUUACUUACUGGCCCCAACUGGUGCUAGGCAUGGCUUUCAAUUGGGGCGCCCUUUUAGGGUGGUGUGCCACACAAGGCGUAGUAAAUUGGGAGGCUUGUUUGCCAUUGUACCUGUCCGGUAUUUGUUGGACUAUUGUAUAUGAUACUAUAUAUGCGCACCAAGAUAAAUUCGACGAUAUACAAAUCGGAAUUAAGUCAACAGCCUUACGAUUUGGAGAUAAUACGAAAAUAUGGCUCUCUGGCUUCUCGACGGCUAUGCUAUCAGGUUUAGUUUUGGCUGGUGUAGCAACCGAACAAACAGCAGCAUACUACGCAGCAGUUGGUAUAGUGGGUGCCCACCUAAUCCAACAGAUAUAUUCGCUCAAUAUUAAUAACCCAAAUGACUGUGCAAAGAAAUUUUUUUCAAACCACCAAGUCGGAUUAAUUUUAUUCAUUGGCAUUGUUUUGGGGACACUUUUGAAAUCAGCUGAGAAAGAGGACAAGCCCAGCACGAGUAAUGCGUUUACACAAAUACAGCCAGCGAAUAGCAUAGUACAAAUACCAACUACGCCUGAGGUGUUAACAUAGUGAUUUUUCAAAUGCAAACUAAAUGAAAAGUAUCGAACCGGGUGAUUAGUAAUUGGCAUUUUUGUAGACCAAAGCAUAAUUUAAUGUUAAUUAAGUAAACAAUUUAGUAUUUAAAUAAAUACAGAAUAUUUAAA